CAUCCGAGUGCGUACUGAUAUUUAUCGUUCUCUCAAUGUGGCUAUUCGGGCACUUAGAACAGAAAUAUGAAUAUGAAUCUAGUCACCUCACUAAUCGUCCUAAUAACAGUUUCCACUGUGGCGGCAUGGCCAACAUGGAAUAACAUUUUCAAAGCAGAUUUGAAAAGUAAAUACGAUGAUAAGGUUAAUGUGAAAGAAAAGUUUGUGGAACCAACCAAAGAGAACAAAGGACAAAAAGAAAUACCUAUUCCAUCUCAUUGUGGACGUAGUAAAUAUGGAAAGCGACAAAAGCGCAUAGUCGGUGGAGAGAGCUCUCGUUUUGGUGAAUGGCCCUGGUUGAUUAACAUGAGAAGACAAGUAGUGUUCAACUCAUCAACAUACAACUCUUCAAUGCCAUAUAUGUACGGGUGUGGGGGUUCAUUGAUCCAUCCACAGUGGGUGCUAACUGCAGCUCACUGCUUUUGGGGCUUGGAGGGAGAUAACCUUGGUGAUUUUGAUACCAGCCACCCUGAACACUGGAUGAUGAGAAUAGGGGAACACAACAUGUUAGAUGAUAAUGCCACACAUGUUGAUGUUCCAGUUGAGAAAAUAUAUCUUCAUCCUAAUUGGACCAACUUCCUCAUCACACCUGUCAUUGACAUAGCUUUGGUGAAGCUAAGUUACCCAACAACACUGACUGAGAAUGUAAAUGUUGUGUGUUUGCCUGAUGAGGCAGACCUUGACAAAGUUCAACCUGGGAGACACUGCAUGGUGGCAGGAUGGGGAUGGACAAAGGAUAGGAAGUACAGAAAUGGAAGUUUGCCCUCAGAUGUAUUACAACAUGCAAAACUUCCAAUAGUCAAACCUGAUGUGUGUAAUACAACCAUAUAUGGGGAAUAUAAUUUGACAAUAUACAAGGAUGAAAUCUGUUUUAAUGCAGAAGCAACCAUAGGAACCUGUCAAGGGGAUUCUGGCAGCCCUGUGGUAUGCUAUGACAAGGAGGAUGAGAGAUAUGUCCAGAUGGGGAUAGUGUCUCGAGGUGGCACUUGUGGUGAGGAACCAGGAAUAUUCACCAAGGUCAACUCUUACAUUGACUGGAUAGAGGACACUUUGCAGGCUGAUGGAGAAAAAUAUUGACAAAAAGAAAUUGUAACUUUAAUAUUAAGACAAUAAAUAAAUAUGACAUAAUAUCAACUGUUAUUCAAUAAAACAAUUAACACUGCAACAAAUCCAUAGAAUCUAUUCUAACCAUCUAUACAUAAACAACCAGAUUAAAUAGACUUAAUAUGAGAUAUAAUGAAACCAUUUCACUCAAUUUAGCAAAUCAAUAUCACAAUUUAAGACUUAGGAAAACCAAGAGACAUUUCAUUCUUACUGAGAUAAUUACGACACACGGUAAAGAAAAAAUCAAAAAUGGAUAUAGCCAAUACUCA